UGCAUAAGCUAUGCUAUUGUCUUACUGAGAGCAGGGGCUGUGAAUUGCAGUAUCUGGUGUCUGCUACCUAUUUCUGCCUCACUGCAUCAGCAGAAGAGACACUGGCCUUCCCUUUGCUGGAUUUUUAAAAAAUAAGUACUCCUGUUCCUUUGCUUUUUUUUUUUUAAUUACAAAAAAAAUUGCUUCUGCGAAGAAGGACCUGUUUUGCUUUAAGAGCUGCAGAGAGGCAAUCUGCAGAGUGGAGCUUGGGGAGGAAGAGAGGAAAAUCUGGAGGCUGGCUAGCUGUGGGGACUGCGCUGUCUGGCUUCAUGACCCUUGCUGUGUAGAAGCCUCAUCCCUUCUCUGACACAUUCCCCGCAGCUCUCUUUCUUUUCCCUUUUAACCCCUCUUUUGAGAUUUGAGCAUCUGGAGCCAGCCAUGUUUGGCACAGAGUCGUCAUUGAGUAUGUUUUUGAACACAUUGACGCCCAAGUUCUACGUUGCUCUCACAGGAACUUCUUCAUUAAUAUCGGGGCUUAUUUUGAUAUUUGAGUGGUGGUAUUUUCGCAAGUAUGGGACCUCGUUCAUUGAGCAAGUCUCGGUGAGCCACUUGCGCCCUCUGCUGGGAGGGGUGGACAACAACUCGCCCAGCAACUCAAAUACAAGCAACGGGGAUUCGGAUGCAAAUCGGCAGAGUGUCUCAGAAUGCAAAGUCUGGCGAAAUCCACUAAACCUGUUUAGAGGAGCUGAAUAUAACCGGUAUACCUGGGUGACAGGAAGGGAACCUCUGACAUACUACGAUAUGAAUCUUUCAGCGCAAGAUCAUCAGACGUUCUUCACGUGCGAUACGGACCACUUAAGGCCUGCAGAUGCCAUAAUGCAAAAAGCGUGGAGGGAGAGAAAUCCGCAGGCCAGAAUUUCUGCAGCACACGAAGCCUUAGAGCUAAAUGAGUGUGCCACUGCCUAUAUUCUGUUGGCAGAAGAGGAAGCAACAACUAUUGUGGAAGCAGAGAAGUUGUUCAAACAGGCUCUGAAGGCUGGCGAAGGCUGCUACAGGCGUAGCCAACAGCUGCAGCAUCAUGGUGCCCAGUACGAAGCUCAACACAGACGGGACACUAAUGUAUUAGUCUACAUUAAGAGGAGGCUGGCAAUGUGUACAAGAAAGCUGGGGAGGACCAGGGAAGCUGUGAAAAUGAUGAGAGAUUUAAUGAAGGAAUUCCCUCUUCUCAGCAUGUUCAACAUCCACGAAAAUUUGCUGGAAGCUCUGUUGGAGUUACAAGCAUAUGCAGAUGUUCAGGCAGUUUUAGCAAAAUAUGAUGAUAUAAGUUUGCCCAAAUCAGCCACAAUAUGCUACACGGCUGCCCUGCUGAAAGCCAGAGCUGUCUCUGACAAGUUUUCUCCAGAGGCAGCUUCAAGACGAGGGCUAAGUACGGCAGAGAUGAAUGCAGUAGAAGCUAUUCACAGAGCGGUAGAAUUUAAUCCACAUGUGCCAAAAUAUCUCCUAGAAAUGAAAAGCUUGAUAUUGCCUCCUGAACAUAUUUUGAAGAGAGGCGACAGUGAAGCAAUAGCUUAUGCUUUCUUUCACCUUCAGCACUGGAAAAGGGUCGAGGGGGCACUAAAUCUCUUACAUUGUACGUGGGAAGGCACUUUCAGAAUGAUCCCUUAUCCUUUGGAAAAAGGGCACCUUUUCUACCCUUACCCCAUCUGUACAGAAACAGCAGACAGAGAACUUCUUCCAUCAUUUCAUGAAGUCUCAGUUUACCCCAAGAAAGAGCUUCCUUUCUUUAUUCUCUUCACUGCCGGAUUAUGUUCCUUCACAGCUAUGCUGGCACUUUUGACACAUCAGUUCCCAGAGCUCAUGGGAGUCUUCGCUAAAGCAUUUCUUAGCACUCUCUUUGCCCCCUUGAACUUUGUGAUGGAAAAAGUGGAAAGCAUCCUGCCCUCCAGUCUCUGGCAUCAGCUGACAAGGAUCUGAAGGAAAAUAGUCCGAAAUGACUGCCAUGACAUUUUCUGUGCCAACUUACUGUUGCUGACCAGAAAGCAUGAUUUUUUAAAAAAGGGAAGCAGUUUUCAGCUCUUCAUGGGUUGUCUGUUAUAAUUUUUGUUGUUGUACAAAAUACAUUGAUGUUUGGUUCUAUUCUAUUUUGCUUUCAGAAAACAAAAGGGGAAAAAACUUUGGGGGGGGGGAAUAAAAUUUUGUGUAUUGCAGCAA